AUGCAUCUUCCUCGAUUCAUUGCCGCAGCUCUGGUAGCAAGACAGUCUGUGAUGGUGUUGCCUUCAUCAUAUUGUUCUCCUGACUGCCCGACAUGCAGAAUCGAAGCAUUGGCAUUUAAUAGCACGACGUCUUGUGCAGAGAACUCAACAUUUAUCACCAGCUGUGGAAAUUGUCAAACUUGCGUGUUGACCUAUUCAAUUGAAAAUCCAGACGUCAAUACCGAUCAACAAGAGAUCAUACCUCUCAUCUCCACGCAAUUGAAUAAAUGUCUCAACACGCCGGGGGGAGGGGAGAUACAACAGUACGCAUUGCAAGUAUCAAACUUAACAGCUUUGUAUUCGCGAAUAGUUGGGACUGGGUCUUCCACGACUUCUGGAGCCACGGCGACAAAGACGAGUUCUUCGACUACGACUGGACUAGUUAAUUUGGUGACAACGCCUGCUAGUAGUUGGUCUGGGAGUUUAAUGAGUGAUUCGGGGGAUUGGACAACCGUUUUGAGUACAGCUACUUGGGCAAGUGCUUAUUUCAGUGCGCUCUCUGAAGCAUCGAUAUCUGCCAUGAAAGUAUCCUCAUAUUCCAGGGCCUCCAUGACCUCUAUUUCAUCGAUCCCAACCUCAGAUCCCAUACCAACAUUGAUUCCUACCCCAACUCCAGCCACGAACUCCGAAACCAACAGUACUUUCAAUUCCACUAUUCCCCUGACAACUGCCAGCACCACAACCCCUUUAAACAAAACUUGGAUAAUAGGCCCCAUAAUCGGUUCACUCCUCGGCAUGUCUACCGUAUUCAUAGUAAUCUUUUUCACUCGUCGCAAACAACAUCGCGAAUUCCUCUUUCAACAACAUCUUCUCCACUCACGCCAUACCCCAAUUGAUAUAGAACCCUAUAAAAAUUUCGGUAAUCUUCAUAGUCCGGCAAGCACGAGUAGUCAUAAUAGUUAUGGUGAUGGAUAUUUGGGAACCGGAGGAAAAGCACAAUUACACGGGGAGAGUAUGGAGAUGAGAGAGUUGCAAGGGAGAGAAAUCAUGGCGCCAGUGGAAUUACCAGCUAGGGAACCGGUGGGGAGUGAACUGUUGACACCGAUUGGUAAAAAUGUCAAGAGAAAGAGGAAAAGAGAAGCGAGUCCUGUGUCGCCAUUGGUUUCAACGGGACUUGGGGGUUUAGGCGAAGAAAAAUAUGAAAAGGGGGAGACGGACUUGGGGACUCUGAGUAUACCGCGGAUAGUCUUACCCGACGGGAAUGCCAAUGAAGUAAUGGAUGAAGGGGAGGAGAAUGAUGGAGAUGAAAUAGUCGAGGAAGUCGAAUGGCCAUUGCCAAUGAGUCCCUUACAAGCAUUGUUCAAAACGACAGAGAUGAGGGAUGGGAAGGCAGACGCUGAUGAGGUACGGCAUGAGACUUAUUAUCAUCCCUGA